GGCGAUACCAAAAUUAUAUAGACAGCCUCUCCCAUGUUACGAACAACUUGUGAGAUUCAAAAGUCUCCAGUUAUCUACUUUGCCCAGAAGAAAAUAAAAAAUAAAAAAUAUCAGGUCAAACUCAUCUUCUCAACUCUCCUCUUCUGUAAUCCCAUCCUCUUUUCAGUCUCUAAAAAACCAAAAAAACAAAAAGAAUCAUCUUUCUCUCUCUUUCUCUACAUUAUCAAAAUUCUCAAAUGAACCAAAAUAUUUUGCAAAUACCCUUUUCUCCAUUGAUAAAUCUCUUUAUUAUUAUUUUCUUUCUUCUUGCAAGAAAGGCUUUAUGUAUAGAUCCUUAUUUCUUGGCCUGCAACCCUAAAACCUGCGGCGAUGGUCAAAACAUAACCUUUCCUUUCUUUAUUGAAGGCCAGCAAGAAUCUUUUUGUGGGUAUCCUGGAUUCAAUCUUUCUUGCCAAAAUGGGCAUCCAAUUCUUAGAUUACAAGAUACUAACUAUAUUAUCCAACAAAUCAACUACAGAAACCAGACUCUUCGUGUCUCAAGCGCUGCCGUUUUCAAUACAAGCAAUACUUGUGUUCCUUCAUUCAAGAACGUGAUAUUACCCGAUGAUAAGUUUAGGUUAUCCCAAAACCAAACAGACCUCUUCUUGCUAUACCGUUGCAACUCAACACUGGUUAGAGAUGGUAAUAACAGUGAACUUAUAAAAUAUGAAGUUGAUUGCUUUGGUGAGAGUGAAACUGGACCGACUCUGUCAAUGUUUAAGGGUGAUCCUUUGCUGAGAAAAGCAGAAGAAUUGUGUGAAGAAAAAGUGAUUGUGCCUGUUGAAUUGCAGAAAGGAGAGAGUAGUAAUGGGUUUGAAAGGAUGAUAAAGAAAGGGUUUUCGCUGGACUGGACAGCAAGUAAUUGUAGCAUUUGUGCAGAUAGCGGUGGCAAAUGUGGGUUUGAUAGUAAGACUUACCAUUUUAAGUGUUUCUGCCCUGACAGGCCUCAUGCUUGGGACUGUAAACCUCUUCCUAUCUCCGGAAAUAACAAAUUGGGAUUGAAGCUAGGAUUAGGAUUAGGCAUUGGAGUCCCAGUGAUAAUAUCAUUCCUUUUUAUUUUUUGGGUUUACCGCAGAAGAAGACAAGCUUCCUCAAACUUACUGUCAACAAAUUCCACUUCUGAUCCCUCCUCAAAAUCAGAUGUAGAACUGGGGGGCAUCUACUUGGGUGUCCCCCUCUUUUCCUAUAAUGAACUUGAAGAAGCCACUUGUAAUUUUGAUGGUAAAAAAGAGCUCGGGGAUGGAGGUUUUGGAACUGUGUAUUACGGCAAGCUCCGAGAUGGACGAGAGGUUGCAGUAAAACGGCUAUACGAGCAUAACUACAGAAGGGUAGAGCAGUUCAUGAAUGAAAUAGAAAUCCUGACACGCCUUCGCCACAAAAAUCUUGUUUCCCUUUAUGGAUGCACUUCUCAUCGCAGUCGUGAGCUUCUUCUUGUAUAUGAAUACAUUCCCAACGGUACAGUUGCAGAUCAUCUCCAUGGUGAUAGAGCAAAGUCAAGUCCACUGACAUGGCCUGUUCGACUGAGCAUAGCAAUAGAAACAGCUACUGCUUUAUCCUACCUUCAUGCCUCCGAUAUCAUACACCGAGAUGUCAAAACCAACAACAUUCUUCUUGACAAUAAUUUCUGCGUCAAAGUUGCUGAUUUUGGACUUUCCAGGUUGUUUCCUAACGAUGUUACUCAUGUUUCAACUGCUCCUCAAGGGACACCAGGUUAUGUCGAUCCUGAAUAUCACCAAUGUUAUCAGCUUACUGAUAAAAGUGAUGUUUAUAGCUUUGGAGUUGUGUUGAUUGAGCUAAUAUCAUCAAUGCCUGCUGUUGAUAUAAGUAGGCAUCGACACGAGAUUAAUCUGGCUAACUUAGCAGUAACCAAGAUUCAAAAAUGUGCAUUUGAUGAGUUGAUUGACGCAUCUUUUGGGUAUAAUUCAGAAGAAAAAGUUAAAAGAAUGACUAUUUCGGUAGCGGAGUUGGCAUUUCGAUGUUUACAACUAGACAAGGAAAUGAGACCAACAAUGGAUGAGGUUUUGGAGGAACUAAGGAGAAUUCAAAGCAUUGGAGAGGAAGUAAAAGAUGAUGAUGAUGAUGAUGAUCAGGCAUUGAGGAAUACUCUGCUAUUAUCUUCACCACCAGAUAGUGGUGAUGAAUCUCUGUUGAAGAAUAUUCGAUUGCCUCCUUCACCAGAUACUGUAACUGCUAAAUGGCCUAGCUGUAAUUCGAAUACACCUAGUGUUAGUGGUUAAGCUUUUGUGCCUCUUUGGUGCUGCUUAAUUUUGAAGGUGGCUAUAUCAGAGAUGAUUAACAUUUGUAUAAGAUCGAAAUUAGUUUCUCAUCUUGCUUUCUAUCUUCUGUUGUUUAUAGAGAGAAAUUUAAUUAAGUUAAAGGAUUAGUAGGUCAUUGUAUAAGGGAGUGUAUAUAGAAAAUGGAGGCCAUAGCUAUAUAACAGUGUCCAUAUAAAUACAUAUAUUUUUUCUAAA